AUGGAGCCUUCGACCCCACCAGCGCCGCCCGCGGCCUCGUCGCCGUGGGCCCCGAGCAGUCUCCGUGAUCAGGACGCGGCCGAAUUCAGGAGACAGCUCAGCGAACUCCAGCCCACCCUCACCAUCGGCGCCCUUGGCCACGUCUCUCACGGUAAGUCCACGCUGGUAGGCAGGCUCACGAACGUGAAGACGACGCGCCAUUCCAAAGAGCAGGCCCGCAACAUGACCAUCAAGCUCGGCUAUGCCAACGCCAAGAUCUACCGGUGCGACGACGGCGAGUGUCCCAAACCGGCGUGCUACACAUCGAUGGCGAGCAACACCAAGGGCAGGCCCCGAUGCCACUGCGGUAGCACUAUGACCCUCGCGCGCCACGUCAGCUUCGUCGACUGUCCCGGCCACGAGAUGCUCAUGUGUACGCUCUCCCUCGAAUGA